AUGGUACGUAUGUCGUUGGCUCACUCGGCAGAAUACCGAACAGUGAUGGGUCAUGGGCCUGAAGGACCGCCGCCGUACUACUACGACGCCCCUCCACCGCAGCAUUCGAUACCUGUACCUGACCCGGGGUUCUACGGCCCACCUCCCCGCCCAGGGCCGCCGCCUCUGACCGAGCAUCACCGGCCUCCCUACAGCGGUGGAGCUCCGGAUCACCCCAUGCGGUCCAUAUCUCCGCCACGCCAUGGACGCUAUGCUAUGGAGCCUAUGGAUUAUUUUCCCAUGGGGCCGGGCAACGCGGACAUGCGUCCGCCCCUCCAUGAUGACCCAGCCAUGUUGGCGCACGAUCCUAUGGCUGUGGAAAUGGGGAUGAGAAUGCCAAUAUCACGCAACAUGCAUGAUCCUGGACUUGCGCCACCACCUGCACGCCUACCAAGUGGCUCGCAUCGUCCGCCGAAGCGCAUGCCACCUCCGCUAGCUGAAGCCCCUAUCUCGAAGCGUGACCGCAAGCGCAAGGAAGUUCUUGAUCGUCUGGAGCGCACACACUGGGAGGGUUUCGAAAACAGGGACCCUGUAUACCACGAGGCCUACGUUUCACUGUCGUCCAUGCACCAUGCCCUGCUCACCCGGCCGUCGCUGGUGCGUGAGUAUGCGCUGCAGUUGGCCGACCGCACAGUCGAGCGUGGAGCGCAAUUGCGGUCGGCAGAGCUAUACUAUGCUUUUCUCGUUGAACGCAGUAAGCGCUCGUCUGAGGCCGAGCGGAGCAAGGUGGAAGACGAGGCGCGCCUGGCCAAGCGCCAUGUGCGCGACAAGCUGUUGGCUGUGAUUGAAGAGCGCAAGCACCGCCUCAAAGAGGAGCGCGACGGAGGUGAUUUCGCUGCCGACUUUCUUUUGGAGCCAUCGCAACGGCAGCACUCCACGCGACAGCUGCGGAACAAAAGCAGCCACCCUAAUGGGGGCCCCACGCGUUUGGGACGCCUGCUCGAUUAUGAGGACUCUGCCACAGGCAGCCGCCAAGGCGUUGUGGAUGCUGUAGCCCAGUUGCUCGGCUGGUCCGAAAUGGAGGCAGCCGCAACGAUCACUGCGGCCAGCGCAGAUGAGAACACCUUGCUGUGUAAGGACGCAGAGGGUACAGAGAUGCGCUUGCCCCUGCUUGAUACAUUUUCAAUGCAAACGUCGCUGCUGGCAGGCGUCAGUCUAGCAGCUACGGCAUCAAAUGGAAAGGGCAAGAAGAAGGGCAGCAAGUUGGUGUCCACGCCCUCAGAACGCUCCGAAGACGACGACGCACCCACUACGCCGCUUCUGUCAUCGGGAGGUGGGCGUCUGCGAUGGGACACUGCGAAGUGUCUAAGCCAGCUGACCUUGGCCAAGGACUUUGAAAUCGAAUCCGACUUGAUCAAUAUCAACAAGCUGGGUCAAAAGCGGCGGCGUCGCUAG